ACCGGAGCCCAGGCUGUGUCCGCAAACUGUCGGGUCCGGACUUUGGCUCAGGGACGGUCGGAAGUGGGAGAUGGAGAUGCCAGAGGAACCGGCCGAUAGUGGGCAUUCGCUGCCCCCGGUUUAUAUUUAUAGUCCCGAGUAUGUCAGCAUUUGCGACUCUCUCGUCAAGAUCCCCAAACGGGCCAGUAUGGUCCACUCUCUGAUCGAAGCAUAUGCCCUGCACAAACAAAUGAGGAUAGUGAAGCCCAAAGUGGCCUCCAUGGAGGAUAUGGCCACCUUCCACACUGAUGCCUAUCUGCAACAUCUCCAAAAGGUCAGCCAAGAAGGUGAUGAGGACCAUCCGGACUCUAUAGAAUACGGACUAGGUUAUGACUGCCCAGCCACAGAAGGAAUAUUUGACUAUGCGGCUGCUGUGGGAGGAGCUACAAUCACUGCUGCCCAGUGCCUGAUUGACGGGAAGUGUAAAAUAGCGAUUAACUGGUCUGGAGGGUGGCAUCACGCAAAGAAAGAUGAAGCAUCUGGUUUUUGUUAUCUCAAUGAUGCUGUCCUGGGAAUAUUAAGAUUGCGACGGAAAUUUGACCGUAUUCUCUAUGUGGAUUUGGAUCUGCACCAUGGAGAUGGUGUCGAAGAUGCCUUCAGUUUUACAUCCAAAGUUAUGACUGUGUCCCUGCACAAAUUCUCCCCAGGAUUCUUUCCAGGAACAGGUGACAUGUCUGAUGUUGGCCUGGGAAAAGGUCGGUACUACAGUGUCAAUGUGCCCAUUCAGGAUGGCAUACAGGACGAGAAGUACUAUCACAUCUGUGAAAGUGUACUAAAGGAAGUGUACCAGGCCUUCAAUCCUAAAGCAGUGGUUUUACAGCUGGGUGCAGAUACCAUCGCUGGGGACCCAAUGUGCUCCUUUAACAUGACGCCAGUGGGGAUCGGCAAGUGUCUGAAGUAUGUGCUUGAGUGGCAGUUGGCAACUCUGAUUUUAGGAGGAGGAGGCUAUAACCUUGCCAAUACGGCUCGUUGCUGGACAUACUUGACCGGGGUCAUCCUAGGGAAAACACUAUCCUCUGAGAUCCCAGAUCAUGAGUUUUUCACAGCAUAUGGUCCUGAUUAUGUGCUGGAAAUCACGCCAAGCUGCCGGCCAGACCGCAAUGAGCCCCAGCGAAUCCAGCAAAUCCUCAACUACAUCAAAGGGAAUCUGAAGCAUGUGGUCUAGUUGACAAAAAGAGAUC